AUGUCGUUAACGGCGGAGGCGUUUAUGGAUGAAAGAGGGUUUGUAGCUGCGGCGAGAUUGGUAACUGAUUUAGUGGAAGGAUUAGAUGAAUCCGUGGCGUGGAAGAGUCGGGAGCUUUUGGCAGCGUUUUCGACUCUUCCACUAGGAGCACAACUUCUGUCUGUUGCCGGGUCGACCCGAUUUGGUGUGUACGGGUUGGAUUUCGGGUGGGGAAGACCGGAGAGAGUGGCGAUUAUGUCCAUCGAUCAAGGCGAAGCGAUUUCUAUGGCGGAGAGUAGAGAUGGAAAUGGCGGUGUGGAGAUUGGCUUCUCCCUCAAGAAACAUGAAAUGGACGUGCUUAUUGAUUUGCUUAACGAAGGAUUCAAAAAUUAA